CAACCAAACAAUAAUUUUUCGUCAUAGUACCUGCAAAUACGUCAUUUCUAAUAAACAGCUGAUAUGAUAUAAAGUAUAGUUCUUUCGUGCAAUGCAAGGCCGCGAGAAUUCAGUUUAUCAGUGUCGCCUUUGGCGUACGGUCCUCUCGGUUUAAAUUAACUUGUCUUUUAAGUAUUGCUCUAUAGUUUUUUUUUUACAUAAACCGGCAACCUUGGUGCGAUUCGCCUUAGACCUUGGUUACUUUAAUAGAAAAAAAAGUAAAAAUCUCGUCGGUCACGAUGUUAAAGAGUGCUUCCAAAGUGACGAUUAAUACUGGAAAUGUUCUCAACUUGAUCGAUAUUAAGAAAAAAGCUGGGCAAAAUGUUACUGAAGAGCUAUCGGAAAGUAUAAAGCUGACAUUAUCAGAAUGGGGUAAUCAGAAUGAAAUACCAAUUCAGAAUGGUAUAAACGAUGAUUCUAAUCCAAGAACAUCGCAGAUUCACUCAGAUUAUAUGGUGGUGUCGACAUCGACGGCGCCAACGGAAGCGGUCCUCAACAUAACGAGGCCACACGAUGAUGUACAAAACAAAAUGGCGGAGGAGGAACGAAAGAAUCUGAAAAUUGGUGUUAAGAUUUUUAUCAACGAAGAUAGUACGUCCGCGUUGACGGAGUGCUUGGAAAAAGUAUUUACAGCGUUACGUACAGAAUUCAUAGAAAAUGUGAUCCUAGCGUAUAACCCUGAUGUGCUGUACAAGGAAGAGACAUUGGAUGACUCUAAUCUGAAGAACACAUUCACUAAGGCUUCACCUAUAUCACUAGGCAGUAAUGUUGGUCGUUUAUCCAGUACUGAGAUGGAAGCAGACAGCGAAGCGGAUGCGAGGAAAUGCGAAGCUAUACUGCCUGGGAUUAAAGUACUGUGGGCGGUGCUAGAGGAUUAUGUUAAAGAAGGUCGUGUACACCAGCUGGGCGUGGCGGAUGUAGGCGGCGGGUGCCUUCGCAAGCUGCACGCGUGGGCGCGCGUCAAGCCUGCCAUUGCGCAGAUAAAUCUAGCCUCUUGUUGUGUCGUGCCACCUUCCCUGCACGCAUUCUGCCGUGCUAAUGAUGUACAGCUACUCACCCAUGCUGAUCCACCGGGUUAGUG